UAUCGCAAAAGUUGUUUACAUUCUUCAAUUUCUGUGACACGAUCGGAAACUAACAAAAGAAAAUUCAACAAACAGUUCCACUGUUUUUCGAGAUGAAUGAGGACGCGGAGUUGAAGCAACUGCGGGCGAAAAAGGACGAGUUGAUCAAGAGAGUGCUGCAGUUGCGAGAUAAAUUGGAGCAGAAGAAGAAUUCGGGUAACAAGCAGAAGAAAGUUCUUCUAGGAGACGAUAUUCGAGAGAGAUUAUCACGAGAACCCCCUCCAGAAGCAUUGCCAAAGGCCUCAAACGACGAAGAGCGAUUUAUAGUGAGAUUAGUGGACGCCACUCAGCAAGCGACUGGCAUUUCCUUCCAGAACGUCGACAAGAAGUGGCUGAGGGACAAUGUGUGGAAUUACACUUCAAAAGUUAUUAUGAAGGUCCUGAAAUUCAAUUUGGAUCUGACUGUCGACUUGAAGGAUGGAGUGGACAACGAAAUCCUGGAUAUCACCUGUCGUUUCGUUAAAGUUGUCGACUGUCAUUUGCAAGAGAUAACUCCCUGGGUUGCCGAGUUCACGAGAGCUAAAAAGAUGACUUACUUGAUGUCUGCUUUCAGUGAAUACAAUGAUCAGUGCAUAGUUCGCCAGAAGAUUCUGGAUAAACUGAAUCCCCAGAAAUUCAUAACAGUAGAUAAAUGUGGAACUGGAGGCUACACCAUCCACAUUCACUCCCCAGCAUCAUCGAAGAAGCAAUACGUUAAUUUCCUAUGGACAACGGAGUUUAACCCCAAGACGAGAGCAAUCGAUCAUUGUUUCAAAAUCGAUGGGAUUGAAGGUGACUUCGUGCAGGAGAAUCAGGAACUGCUCGAGGACUUCUGCAAGAAGGGGUUGAGAAAGGAAGAGCUGGAGACCCUCUGGAGUGAGCUCUGCACAGCUGUCAACGCAUACGAGCAUUGACUGAUAUCUACGACCAUUCUAGACCCUAAAUAAAGUAUUUACUGUUUUCAUCGUUAAAUCCAACGAAUGUCGAAGCUUGUGAUAAGAGGAGUGGGGGUAGAAUUCAAGUGGAGAAUAAUGUCUGGGCUCCAGGCUACUGUCCCCAGUGGCGCAAUUGGUUAGCGCACGGUACUUAUAAGACAGUAAUUACGUGAGCAAUGCCGGGGUUGUGAGUUCGAGCCUCACCUGGGGAAUAUUUUUUUCUAAAUUUAAAUUCGUAGUUUUUUAUUUGAAAACGUUCCCCUUGAAGGUGGCAAAAUGCAGCCGAUUAUUUUGCUCAUAAAUUUUUUGUAAGCCACAGUUUUCACUAGAUUUCAAGGCCAUUGGGCCCAACAAUUGGGUUUUUCUGACUCCAAGCUUUCUCUAUUUUGUCUAAAGAAACGAAAAAAUGAAUAAAUAAAUAAAUAACAGGGUGACAAAUAUUGUUGAUGAUAAUAAUAAAAGGAGACUUGAGUCGUUCGUUAAAGUA